AUGCCGCCACCCGCCUCUCGGCGUACAAGCCACGGCGCAAAUCACGCGGUCCAUCACGCGCAUCACGCACACGGGCAUGGUCACACGGUUAAGCGGCGGCAGGGCAGCUCGACUCAUCUACAUAGCGGUCAUCAUGGCGCUGUGGCCCAUGCUGCUCCACAUGCUGGUCCGAGUAGGCGGAGCAGCGAGGGAGAACAUGGGAGACGAGCGGUAGCGGCGGGAUUGACGAUGGCGUCGAUGGAGCCUGGAAAGGCCAAGCGGAAGACCAGUGGCGAUCGGCCGGUCAAAAAGGCAAAUCGAUCGGAUACCAGUCUAUCUACCCUAUCGCGCGUCAACUCUCGCCAUUCCAACUCGUCCAAUUCCCGCAAUAACUCCCGUCACUCAUCUCGCAAUCCCUCCCCUACCCGUCCAGCCGCCAACACCCGCCAACGCUCAGAUCCAUCUGUGCAGCUGGACGAAGCCGGGAAUCCCACAGCCGAAGUGGACUCUGGCGAAGAGGGAUGGGAGGAUGAGGGCAAGAAGCCUCGGUCAGAUACCCCGAAGGCGGAUAUGGGUGAUCUUCGGCGGACCAAGAGCGAUUCGCACGCCCCACCGGAGCCCAAAGCUACAGAUUCUGGCGCUCCUCGACCCCCUGUUCCUACCACACGGAAGACUACAGGUUUCGCCGGUCCUACCCAAACCCCGGACCCGCUCGUUGGGGUGUACAGCCACGCCCUGAACGACCCUACGCACAUCAUGCCCGCCCACCAGAUCAAGCAUCAGCAAUCGGCGCGAUCGCUUCACGCGAUACAGGUGCAGAAUGGGGAGACUGAAGCUCGGACACCGGGUCUGGGCCGGAGGUCAGACGGGGCAAGGCGGAGUAUGCCGGGAAUGAGCAGGACGAGCAGUACGGCCAGUAUGAGGCGGACGGAGAGCCCGGGCGUGCUGGCGGAGGUGAAGAGGGUGGAGAGCGGGCUGAGCAUGACCAAGACGGCUGGGGAUACUCCUCCAGCGGCUCGGGGACCGGCCGACUCGGCAGAAACGGAACGUCCGAACGAUCCUAGUGAUGUUCGCGUUGGCGCCGAGCCUGCUGCUCGGCUGUCGACAUCCCCUUCGUAUCCUUUCCCCAAAGUCGCAUCGGCGGUGACGGAGGAGCCAUUAUCCGAAUCGCCCUCCAAUAUGAUCACGGAAACCCCACCGCCAAUACAUGAGCACAUUGACGAGCCGCCUCGUUCCCGGCAAAUAUCUACCGCAUCAUCACAGGCUCCUCGGACCUUGCGGCAUCGGUAUUCCAACUCGUCCAUCCGUUCUAUCCAAUCCCUUCGCGCCCCUCCACAUCCCCUCAAUUCGCCAACAGGCUAUCGGACCGGUAUCCAUCCCUCAGCGAGCACGCAGACGUCGCCUCGGAGAGGGAAGGGUUUAAGCAUGCAUCACCCGCCUAUCGCACCGCCAGUGGUCAGCUCAGACGUUGCGAGCGGGAUGAAGUGGACAGUCAACGGACUGCCAGAGGAGGCAGAGGAGCAGAUCAGGCGGUCUCCUGCGGCGGGCACUCGGCGGGCACGUGUAGCCGAGCCAAGUACUGCCGCGCCUGCCGCGCCGUCAAUCAGCGGCCGGACGUCCUCCUUUUCCUCGGUCCGAUCUGUCGCCACACUCCUUGGAAGCACAUCCAUUCACUCUACCGCCCCCAGCUCCCCCGCUCGGCCCGGGGCUGACCGCCGGCCGACCGCUCUACAGGCAACAGCCCGAGCUGCGCGUCUUCGCUCCACUGCCGACCCAGCAGCGUACCACGCCUCCCUCGGCCUCUCCCCCGCCACAGCCGACACUGCGCACCUCAUCUCCCGGUUCCUGCCUCCACCCAAGACCGAGCGGCCCUCAUGGGAAAUCUCUCCCGAGGCGAUCCAGGCGGGACACGUCGGCAUCGGUCUGACCAAUGGCGACUACCGCGAGUCCCACGAGGCGCUCAUGCGCACCAUGAUGACCAUGGGCGUGAAAGAGACCGCUGGGGCAGCGGCGGGAGGUAGAGUAGCGUCCUCCGCGAGCAGGAUGGGGGAUGUGGGAAGUGGGGCCAUCACGCCGAGACAGGCCGGCAUGUCCAUCAGCAGUAUGGAUGAUAUUGUGGGUGUGGGGAUGGUGAAGGUCAAUGGCGCCAAGGGGGGGAUGCUGGUUGCGCGGGGCGGAUGGGAAGGGAGGAGUCCGUUCUUGUUGAGUGUGGAUAGGUGUUUGGCGCAGAAGCCGGUAAGGGGAGUUCCGGGGAUCUGA